GCCCCGCCCCCUCGGGGCGGGUCACGUGACCCGGCGGCGGCGGCGGCGCCCGGCGCGGUGGACGCUGGAGGCCCAAGAUGGCGGCGGAGCUGGUGGAGGCGAAGAACAUGGUGAUGAGUUUCCGAGUCUCAGAUCUUCAGAUGUUGCUGGGUUUUGUUGGCAGGAGUAAAAGCGGACUUAAACACGAACUAGUGACCCGAGCUUUGCAGCUGGUCCAGUUUGACUGCAGCCCUGAGGUGUUCAAGAAAAUCAAGGAGCUCUACGAGACUCGCUACAGCAAGAAGAGCUCGGAAGUGGCUCCGGCGCCGCCCCCGCAGCAGCAGCAGCAGCAGCCGCAGCCCCGGGCCGAGGCCCUGCCCUUACACUCGUCCUACGACCGCGGCAGCGCCGUGGCUCGGACUCUGCCCACCCCCAACAUCGACUACCCCGCCCUCUACGGCAAAUACCUGAACGGACUCGGGAGGUUGCCUCCCAAAGUUGCCAAGCCCGAGGUUCGCCUGGUCAAGCUCCCUUUCUACACCACCCUGGACGAGCUGCUGAAGCCCACGGAGCUGGUCCCACAGAACAAUGAGAAGCUUCAGGAAAGUCCGUGUAUUUUUGCAUUAACCCCCAGACAAGUGGAGCUGAUCAGAAAUUCCAGGGAGUUGCAACCCGGAGUGAAAUCAGUUCAGGUGGUGCUAAGAAUCUGCUACACAGACACCAGUUCUCCUCAGGAGGAUCAGUACCCUCCCAACAUCGCCGUGAAGGUGAACCACAGUUACUGCUCCGUGCCGGGCUACUACCCCUCAAACAAACCCGGAGUGGAACCCAAAAGGCCCUGUCGUCCCAUCAACCUCACGCACCUCAUGUACCUGUCGGCGGCCACCAACCGCAUCACGGUGACCUGGGGCAACUAUGGCAAGAGCUACUCGGUGGGGCUGUACCUGGUGAGGCAGAUGACCUCGGCAGAGCUGCUCCAGAGGUUGAAAACCAUCGGGAUCAAACACCCGGAGCUCUGCAAAGCACUUGUGAAGGAGAAGCUACGCCUGGACCCGGACAGUGAAAUCGCCACCACGGGUGUCCGGGUGUCCCUCAUCUGUCCGGUGAGUCCGGGUGUUCCCAUGGGAUCAACCUGGUUUGGGUUGGAAGGGACCUUAAAGCCCAUCCAGUGCCACCCCCUGC